ACGUUUGAGCGGCUAAUUGCACAGUGAGCCAUCGGGACCGCUAAGCCAUCUGAAAAGUGUGUCAGUUUUAAGUGGAGAGUCGAUCCGUUAAGCCAAUAAGCAGUUGCCAAAAAGUUGCCUAUAUACACUUCUUUUUUGACAUCGCGUGACGGAGCCGAAGAUGCUGGAAUAAUCGGCCAUGGCAAUGAGAGCGCUCAUCUUUCUGGCCCUCGCCACUCUGGUGGCCGGCGAAGGUCUUCGGCUUCCGGACCAGCAGUCGUCCAACAACAUCCAGCAAGUCUACGCCCCGCAGCCACCGGUUCAGCAGAUCCAGCAGCCCCAGCAGCCACAACAGUUCCCACAGGCACAGCAGCCAGGAGUGGGCGAGGAACGGGGACGCUCCUCCCUGCUCAGCAUCUUCGGCCUGGGCAACGACAACGAUCCCUUCCUGGCAAGGACCAACAGUAACUGCCUCGGCGGCGACCUCUCCGAGUGCUUCAAGACCCAGGCGCUCAACACCUUCGACGAGAUCUUCUUCAAGGACCAGUACAAGCUCUCCGACUUCGCCCGCGUGGUGCGACUGCCAGAAACCCAGCAGAGGUCCUUGCUGCAGGAGCCAUUCGAGUACUCCGAGGAGCCACGUGGCGAUGACGACGAGUGGAAUCAGCUGCUGAAAUAUGGACUCCGAAGGGCCGAACGCUUCAUCAAGUCCACGGCUCUGGAGGUCGAGUGGCCCGAGGAACUCACCGAAGCCGGUCGUUAUGAGGCACGCUUCAUCGGAAACGACAUUGAUGGCGAACUGGACCUUAUUGAUGAUGGACAGCGGGCUGGACAUUUCUCCCGUAAGAAGUUGAAGAAGAUGAUCAUUCCCCUUCUGCUGGUGCUGAAGAUCUUCAAGCUGAAGCUGCUGCUCUUCCUGCCCUUCAUCCUUGGAAUCGCUGGCCUCAAGAAGAUCCUUGGAUUGGCCGCCAUUGUCCUGCCCGGUCUGUUCGCCUACUUCAAGCUGUGCCGUCCGCCAGGUGGUGUUGGAGGAGCAUUCGGCGGUGGACUGUCGGGCCUGUUUGGCGGCAAGAACACCUUCCCCGAGUACAACCCCCAGGGAGUGGGAGCUGCCACCUACUACCACCACCACGAGCACUUUGAGGGCGGCCAUGGAGGCGCUCCAGGACCUUACUACCGCCAGGAGCCGAGCUUUGCCAAGCCCUACACCGACUACUACAGCAAGAGCUACCAGGGCCAGCAGGUCCAGGGUCAGCAGGUUGGUGGCAACUCCGUAAGCUUCGGGGAUCCUCAGGAGGCGGCCUACAACGGAUACUAUGGACGCAAUUCCGGCAAGGACAUUGUCGCCGAGCAACAGCCCCAGAAGAGCUAACUGCGAGGACUCCAACCACCUCCGCGUUGUUAUUUAUUCGGCCUUCGGCCUUGUUGCAUUCCUAUAAGAAUAUUUAUUACGCUAAUUGUAAAUAAAAUAAAGUUUAAAAAA